UCGCAGCCAGGAGGCGGUGCCGCGGGGAGGCAGCGCGGAGCGGGCCGGGCCGCCCGCCAGGGGGUAGCGCUGCGGGCCGCCGGCCGGGCCGGGCCAGACCCGGGGCAGCGCGCUGGCGAAGCCGCGGUGGCUGGGACCAGCCGAGGGGCGUCGGGCACGACCGAGAGAACCAGCGAGACUCCGCGGAGCAUCGCCCAGCUGGGUGCCGGGGCCGCGACCUCCCUUCUCCGGGACUUGGCAGAGGAGACGCCUCCGGGAGGGAGCGAGAGGAGCAGGACCUUCGUGCUCUAAAAGCGCUGAAGAACAGAGGCCCUCACCCACUGAGGCUACCUGAGACCAAGUGGGGCCAUGGCAGGGCACGGCUGUCUGGGGCUGGGGCUGUUCUGCUGGGUCCUCCUCGCUGUUCCUGUGGGCCCCCAGCCUGCUUCCUCCAUCCCAGGCGCCCCUCUCACUACUCUGACCCCACCCCCUCAGAGUGAGGCCUCUAUGCUGUCUCUCAAUCUGGGACUUAACUUCAAAUUCCACCUUCGGGGACCUGCUGCGGCCUGGGGGAGCCCUGUCACCGAGACCCACCCACUGUCUCCUGGACCGAGCCAGGAGCUGGAGGAAGAGGUGGCCAGUGGACUGAGGACUGACCCCCUUUGGGAACUGCUGGUGGGCUCCCUUGGGAACUACUCCCCAGAGUGGGGUUCUGCUGAAGGCAGUGCUACGCCCUGGGCCUCCUCCCUGCCUCUAGAAUCCACAUCCCCCCUCUCUGGGCCCACCCACCGGCCGACGGCUCCCUAUCAGCCCAGGAUGGGGACGGUGACCUGGGACACGGCUCUGAUGGCUACAGCCCCUCCCUCCAGUGCCCCCAGGCCCCACCAGACUGAGCUGGAACUGAAGUUUGACAUGGCACUGAGAGCAGGCGCAGCCCCCACGCUCGGGCAUCGAACUCUGCCCCUGCUGCCCAGCCUGCGGGCCAGCCUGGCAGAAAUUGCUGGGCGCCUGGGACCGUUUGGUGAGUACCCACUCCGCCCUGAAGAGAGCCUUUGCUGGGCUGCUUGGCAGGCAGGAGGGAGCUUCAGCCGGGCUCCUUUUGCAGGGUUCUUUGGCACUACUCUGUCCCCACUCCGGAACUUCUCCGGCAUGAGCCCCCCAGGCCCAACGGCAUCCCCAAGCUCUGCCUCCAGAGUCUCAGAUUCGCCGGGGUUCUUUGGCACCACUCUGUCCCCACCCCCAUCCUCCCUGGAGAGAAAGCUCCCAAGCCCAGGCCCACUAGACCCAACUGCUUCCCUGAGCGCUGCCUCCAUUGCAACAACAUCACUAGGCGCCACCAUCCCGACCUCCGGGCCAGAUGACCCCUCUCCUACCAGCCUCGGAAACCCUUCUGUGCAGCCAGGGUGCGGGCCAGAGUCCUGCAGCGCUGGAGAAUUGCCUGAAGGCGAGGGGCAGCCUCCUGCAGCCCCGCUGUCCCUCUUUUUCCUGACCCUGGAGGCCGACUGGGCAGAGGCCAGGGCUCGCUGGGGGUUGGCCUGGGAGGCCCAUGUGUACGGGGUAGGCACCCUCUUCGGCCUGGUAGCCCUGCUGGCGCUGCUGGCUCUGGCCCUCCUGCCCUGGCGCUGCCCGCCUGGCGCCCCCUGCCUGGCGCUGCUGGACGUGCUCCUGCUCUCGGCUGGGACCACGAGGGCCUUCCCGCUCUUCUACGACGCCUAUGGGCAUCGCGACCGGCUGCCCGCGCUCGCCUGGCUGCUGCUGCAGGACCUCCCGCUGCCUUGCCUGGCCGCCGGCCUGGGCCUGGCCUGCCUGCUGCUGGCCCGGCCGCGCCCGCCGCGGUGUCCCGCCGGCCUGGCCGCGCUGCUGCUGCUGGGCCUGGCGCUGGCGGCCGCCGCCGCGCUCGGGAGCGCCGCCCAUCGCCCGCUCAGGCCCCUGCGGCUCGCCUCCCGCGGGCUGCACGCCUUCCUGGCCGCCCUCCUGUCCGGGCUGCUGCUGGCGCUGUCCUGCUGGGGGGGCCGGCGGCGGCGGGCAGGAGCGCCCCUGGGAGGGUCGGGCCUCAAGGGCGCCACGCCUCUCCCGCAGGCGCGCAGCCCCUUCGCCCCGCGCGAUUCCUGGCGGCGCGCGGCGCGCACGGCCCCGGUGGCCGGCACCUUCGGGCUGCUGAGCGGAGCCCUGCAGGGCUACGAGGUGCUGCACGCCCUGGGCUACGGCGGCCAGCCGGGCCUGGCGGGGCCCUGGCCCUGGUGGGCCUUCCAGCUGGGCCUGCGCCUGGGCGAGGUGGGCGUCGCGCUGCCGUUGGCGCUGCUGGGCCUCUACCCCGCGCUCUGCAGCCCCCGCGUGCCGCCGCGCUGCUGGGCCAAACUCUUCCGCUUGUCCCCGGGCCACGCGGCUCCGCUGCUGCCCGCGCGCUGGGUGCCCGGGUCCCCGGACAAGGAGCCCCCGGGUGGCGCCAUCGCGCGUGGCGACGCGGAGCUGCUGCAGCUGUGCGCCUUGGCAGGGCCGGGCCCCGACCUCCUGUUCCAGGGGGGCGCCUGUCGGGGCUGCGAGGGGUCAGCGGCCAACCCGGCCCCCUCCCUGGCCUCCUCCCCCUGCAGCGAUUGCACCGUGGACUUCCGCCCGCCGUCCCCCAUCAGCCUGCGGCGCAGCAUCGAAGAGGCGCUCUGCAGCGAGGCCCUGCUCGCGCCCGGUCUCUUCCAGGGCCCUGCCUUUGGGGGAGCCCUGCCUGGGCUCGGCCUCUACAGCACCGCCUCGCUGGGGGCAGUGGCCGGGGCUGGGCCCAGUGAGGGGUCCGAGGAGACCCCGGGCAUCUCCGCGCCCCCAGGCCUUUCCUCUCCCGGGGCCUGGCCCGCGGGCAGUAGCGCAUCUUCAGGCUCGCUGUGCGGGCUCUCCCGGGACAGCUCGUCCAUGCUGCUCUGCGCCAGCCCCGACCGGCCCCCGCGCUGCCCGCUGGUCUGCGUCCUCAGCCCCCCGCGGCCCUCGGGAAGCAGCCCCAACCUCCCAGCCUCAGGAUCCUACCAGGCCCUGUCCCCGUCCUCCCUCGACUCCCCAGAGCCUGCUUGUGAGCUGCAGGCCGAAGAGGCCUUGCUGCAGGAGCAAUUCCUGGACGCCUGCCGACAGAUCGACGAGCUGAGCAUGGGCAGCGACACCAUCGACCUGUGAAGAGGAAGCCCCCUCGGUGCCGGCCACACGCCUCCUCCUGGCGGCAGCUCUGCCCAAGACCGGCACACUGUAACCCUCCCCCAACCCGGCCUGGCUCAGAUACCUCGCCCUGCUUCCUCCCCCACCCAGGGGCUCCUGGGUGGGCGGGCCAGCAGCCAGGCUCUGUUGAUUGGGAAUUAGUGCCACCUCCUCUGGAGCCCUGGGCGCUGAUGCCCUCAGCUGCCAUUCUAGGCUGGAGGGGUCCCUCUUUCCUUGGCAUUCACCAGCAAUAAAGCUCCAAGGUGCUCCACCCCUGACCGCCGAGGCCCACUCUGGUAGUGAGUGAGAGGGGCUAUCCUCAGAAGACCUCGGGAUGGUCCUCCGCCCCCAUACCCACCUCUGCCGUGCCCAGGAAUCCCACCCCCGCGUGAGUGACACUCCCAGUUCUCCACGUGACCCUUCCCUACAGAAGGGGUCCAUGGCCCACCUAGGAGACGCGGCAGCUGUUGUGUGGGGGGUGAGCGCUAUCAGAGUUAAUUUAUCAAUAAAAUAUU